UGCAAGGCAGGGCAAGUAGUCUGUAGUUGGCUGGAGGUUUGCUAACCCUGCCAGACUCGGCGUGGGAAAAUUCUAGCUGAGCCACUAAACCAAAACCUCAGGAGGAAACCUUGGGGUGGUAGAGGGGCACUGGGACCAGUGUGGCCCAAGGCCAGGGGAAGGUCACCUGCUUGGGGUCCCUUUUCUCUAGGGCAGAGCGGCUGUGGGACGUGGUGAGCUCACACAAGACUUCAUAGUGGCAGCUGGAGGGGCUCCUGGGGGGCAGCCGCUGGAGCGCUGAUCACAGACAGGGCCCCGACACCUCUGCCGCUGCCGCAGGAAGCCACGAGCUAUGCAAACUGACUAAGGGGAGACAGAUCCGUCUGGGGAUGGGCUUUCUCUUCAGACCUGCAGCUCGUGGCUGGCGGGGCACAGCCAUCUGAAAGAUGAUGACGAGGAGCCACUGAACACCACAAGAGCAGCGGGAUCUGCCCUGUGUGUAAGUCAUCUCAACUGAAGAAUCUGCUAGAACCUCCAGCUGUUCCGACAAAGCCUCACCAACUGCAAAGCAGCCUGGAGCCCAGAGAGGAGAUGUGACCUCCCCAGCCCCCCAGCUGCCCAGCCUGCCCAAUGGCAAAAUAAGACUAGAACCCAGGACACCCAACUCUGGAACCUGAUGGGGCUGCUGAGCAGCAAGAGGCAGGUCACCGAGAAGGGCAAGGGUUGGAGCCCCGAGAAGGCCAGUUCCCGGAGCCAGGCUCCCCCGCCGCUGCCGCCCCUGGUCGUCUUUAACCACCUGACCCCUCCACCUCCUGAUGAACCCCCAGAUCAAGAAGGACAUUACGUGGUGGCCCUGUAUGACUAUACCGCCGUGAACGACCGGGACUUGCAGAUGCUGAAGGGGGAGAAGCUGCAGGUGUUGAAGAGCACCGGAGACUGGUGGUUGGCCAGGUCGCUCGUGACCGGGAGAGAGGGCUACGUACCCAGCAACUUCGUGGCCCCAGUGGAGACCCUGGAAGUAGAAAAGUGGUUCUUCAGGUCCAUCAGCCGGAAGGAGGCAGAACGGCAGCUGCUGGCUCCCAUGAACAAGGCCGGCUCCUUUCUCAUCAGGGAGAGCGAGACCACGAAAGGGUCCUUUUCCCUGUCUGUGAAGGAUGUCACUGCCCAGGGGGAAGUAGUCAAGCACUAUAAGAUCCGCUCCCUGGAUGAAGGGGGCUACUACAUCUCCCCCCGGAUCACCUUCCCCUCCCUCCAGGCCCUUGUGCAGCACUAUACCAACAAAGGGGAUGGCUUGUGCCAGAGGCUGACCCUGCCCUGUGCAGCCCUGGCCCUGCAGAACCCCUGGGCCCAGGAUGAGUGGGAAAUCCCGCGGCAGUCUCUCAAGCUCGUGCGGAAGCUGGGGUCUGGGCAGUUUGGAGAGGUCUGGAUGGGUUAUUACAAAAACAACGUGAAGGUGGCCAUCAAGACCCUGAAGGAGGGAACCAUGUCCCCUGAAGCCUUCCUGGGCGAGGCCAACCUGAUGAAGACGCUGCAGCAUGAGCGGCUGGUCCGUCUCUACGCCGUGGUCACCAAGGAGCCCAUCUACAUCGUCACAGAGUACAUGGCCCGAGGAUGCUUGCUGGAUUUUUUGAAGACGGAGGAAGGCAGCAGAUUGUCCCUCCCAAGACUGAUCGACAUGUCAGCUCAGAUCGCAGAAGGGAUGGCCUACAUCGAGCGCAUGAAUUCCAUCCACCGAGACCUGAGGGCGGCCAACAUCCUGGUGUCUGAGGCCUUGUGCUGCAAGAUCGCCGACUUCGGCCUGGCCCGCAUAGUGGACAGCGAAUACACCGCCCAGGAGGGGGCCAAGUUCCCCAUCAAGUGGACCGCUCCGGAGGCCAUCCACUUCGGGGUGUUCACCAUCAAAGCAGACGUGUGGUCUUUCGGCGUCCUCCUGAUGGAAAUUGUCACCUACGGGCGCGUGCCCUACCCAGGCAUGAGCAACCCCGAGGUUAUCCGAAACCUGGAGCGGGGCUACCGCAUGCCGCGCCCCGACUCGUGCCCGCCUGCGCUGUACCGCGACGUGAUUGCCGAGUGCUGGCGCGGGCGCCCGGAGCAGCGGCCCACCUUCGAAUUCCUGCAGUCGGUGCUGGAGGACUUUUACACGGCCACCGAGGCCCAGUAUGAGCUGCAGCCCUAGAGUCGUGCCCGGGAGCUCAGGGUGACCGGGACAGGCGACUGCGGGGCGGCGCCCGUAUCCGGACAAAUCCCCGGGCACCAAGCUCCUCCGAGCGAGGACUUAGCCCGGCCCCCGUCGUCCAUGGUGAGGUGCGCAGAGUGGCCCAGGGUGCUGUAGGUGAUGUCCUCUUGUAAGGCUGCGCCCGGGCACCGCGCUGGGUUCCUGUCCCCCGGGGCCAGGUCUGGGUCCUCCCGGGCAGCUGCUGGCCGGGGCCGCCUGACCUGGGCUGCGCCCCAGGGCUUUGGGACUCUUCUGCAAUAAACCCUGCCGGUGGGUGACUCGCCCGGACGUCGCACUGGACUCUGGAAGAUUGGGGGCGGUAGUCACAGGGCGGGGUAGGGAGCGGAACCCCCCACCCGCAAACGCGGACCUCGCGGCCGGCAGGUGGCGCCCUCGCCCCACCAAUCCUGAACUCCCGGGGGGCACAGAACCUGGGUGGGAGCCGGCGCCUGGGGCCUCGCCAGGAGAAGACCCUUCCCCGGGCUCUGACACCCGGGGUCCACGCGUGAACCCCCGAGUGGGCCGGGAUGGGACAAGGACAAGGGAGGGGCGGUGGGAAGGCAGGCUCUGUUCUCCCUCCCUCUCCUUGCCUCUUUUCCUGCUCGUCCUUUUUGAGCGGUUUAGUUUCCAGAGAGAUAAACACCAGGGGCACAGCGUCCCAAAGGCCCCCCUGUUCUCAGCCACCUUCCGCUGGAGUGCUUCUGCAAGUGACGCCAGCGUUGCUUCAUUGUUUACGAGGGCCCGCGGCUGCGGGACACUGGGUUUUAGCCAAGUGUAUCCACCGCGACAGCACUGCACAGAAUAAUGUCACUGCCUGGCUCCACCUCCUCACCCCCUUCACCCGCUGGACCUCUUGGCACCCGCUUCUCAUGCUUUGAUACCUGGCCCACAAGGUAGUAUUAAUGGCACUGUCUGUACAGAGGGAGAAACUGAGGCACGAGAGUGGUCACACUACUGGUGAGUAGCAGCUGGGGGUGUGGGCCAGACCGGGUGCUGCAGGGCUAUGGGGUGAGCUCUGAGGCCGCCCUGCAGAGCUCCAGAUCCCAGGCCAGAAGAGGGGAUCCCGGAGGGGGCUGUCUGGCUGGGGCGCAGGGCUGAGGAGGCCGAGAGCCCCUCCUCCGGCCAGUAGGGGGCACAGGACAGAGAUAGAUCCAACCCUGGGGCUCCGUGGGAAGAGCUGCUGCCCUGCCGGGGCCUGGAGCACCCAGGGGUCCUUGAAGGGGUUUCCUAUGCUGUCCCUCCGGCAGAGCCGCUGUCACCACCCUGUCUCCCCCACCUCCAGCAGCCUGCCCAGCCUGCACUGCAGAAACACACUGUGGUGGAAACGGGGAACAGAGACCAGUGGGGGGCACAUGAAAAGCACCCGUGGCCCUGGGCACCCCCGUGUUUCCAGUCCCCCCUGCACUGAUGUCCACUGUGGACGGGGCUGCUGCUGAGCCAGGCGGUGCGAGGCUUGCAACGCCCCUUCCAACAGCACUGACUGUGAGCGCUAGGGGCGCCUAUGCCCAGGUCCCAGCACUGCGGGCCCAGCUGGUGCUUUUCCCAGCUCUAAUGUGCAAGUGGCACCUGCGAAACCUGGAGAAGGAGCCGCUAUCAGCAAGCCCAGUCUCCUCCUCCUCUUCCUCUUCCCUGGAACUGAAGGGGACUGUGGUGAGUUUCCUCCAUUAGGUGGCGCCCUGGUCCCCCUGGGGCGUGCUCCUGUUCCAUACAUCAGUAAGUUCACACAGGACGAAGGGCCUUCUGGAUCACAGCAGAAGGUGAACUGUGAGGAUGGGGAGGCUGUCACUUCCUGCCAGGCACUGUGUUUUGCUAAUGAAGGGAAGGUCACCCACGUGGCUGCCCAAAGCGUGCAUUCACCCUUGAACCUGGAAUUGGUGAGGGGCUGGUGCCUCGGACAUCCGGUCACUGCAUUGCUGUCCGCGGCCGGACCUCUGCUGAGGACAGCUGGAACCUCAGGACACCAAGCUGUGCUUCCUGGGAUGGAAGCUGUGCCCACCCUGUCACUUCCUGGACCCAAGGAACGUCUGUCAUAUGAAUAACAGCAAGGCCUUGGCUUAUGCGGUCUGGGUUCAAACCCAGAGUCCAGGCACUUCCUGUCCCAGGACAUGUGACUGUGGACACCGCUUGACUCUGCUGAGCCUGUUUCUUCAUCUGUAGAGCAGGCACAGUCAUCACAUACACACACACACACACACACUCGCCCUGCAGAGCUCCUCACCAGACUGUAAGUGACAGCACAGGAGAGGUGCUUGCCUAGGACCUGCCAUGGGUACCUGGAGAAAUCGGCUCUUCUUAGUGGUAUCACAGUCUCCAAGCAAGGCCUGCCUUGGGCUCCGCAUGCUCUGCGAUCCCCUUCUUGGGUACAUCCUCUGUCUGAUGCUGUCCCCUUUCCUGCAUCUUGGGUGUGACUUCGCGGGUGCACACAAGGCUGGACGCCAGGGCCUGGGUCGGUCCAGCAUGUUCCAGUCGCAUCAUGGCGGAUAGCUCCAUUCUGUGAACCCUGGUCUCCUGCUUUGUGUGCAGUGAAGAACAACGUCCCCCACCGGGCGUGUCCAGGGUAGGGAGAGAACUUAGGAAAUGUCCCCCCAAAGUGCCAAGUAUGUCAGUGUAUCGGUAUACAGCAGUGCAUCCGUUUGCCAGGACUCCUGCGGCUCCAACACCUGACCCUUAUUUCCUCACAGUUCUGAAGGUUGCAAGUCCAGGUCAAGUGACUUCCAUAGCACUUGUCUCAUGAACUGGCUUGUCACUCUUCAUGUAUCCAGGUAUCAGGAACCUAUCUCUUUCUGAGGCUUCAUAACAUUCCACUUUAUGGAUUUUAUUGUCAGCUUUUCAUUGCUGUGACAAAAUACCUGACAUACACAACUUA